AUGAAGUUGCGUGUAAAAAUUAAUAAACAGACCAGUCGUUUGGAGCUGGAUGGGGACCAGCCCACGCUGACAGAUCUUAACAUACAUGUCAAGGAGAUCCUAUUACCGUCUUACGGACUUGUACCAGACACGGAAUUUGCUCUGUCCCUGAAUGGCAAAGAGCCCCUAGUUGACACAGGACAAACCCUAUCCUCCUGUGGCAUCGUUUCUGGUGAUUUGAUCAGUGUGAUUUUGCCCCAGUCCAGCCCUCUACCUUCCCCAUCCUCCACAUGUCAGAACUUGAGCGGUUUUAGUACAGCACAAAAAAAGAUGGAGCCGGAUCGGGCUGCCCAUUCAGCAUUCCAGCACUCUAAUAAUGAGGCUGUUCCUCGCAGCAGUGAGGGCAGUCAGGAGGCAGCAGCAGCUGAGGAUGAGGAGGCUCUGGAAACAGAGGAUGAGGUGGCUACAGGCCCUUUUAUCCCAGAACCCAUGCUCUGUAGUGAAGCAGAGGAGGGAAAGGUACCACACUCUCUAGCGCUUCUGCACAGUGGAGCCCAAAGCCAGAGCUCUGGUGACUCCCUAAUGGUGGCUUUACAUCUUCUCAUGGUGGAGACUGGUUUCCAGCCUCAGGGUUUGGAGGUGAGGGCAGGUGAAAUGCCCAGUGGAUGGCGGGCAACAGGUGGACUGUACAGGCUACAAUAUGUGCAUCCUCUGUGUGAAACCAGCCUUGUCACUGUUGUAGCAGUUCCUAUGGGCCAGACACUUGUCAUAAAUGCUACUCUGAAGAUAAACAAUACUAUGGAAAACUCAAGGAAGCUAUCACUUAAACCAUCCUCGUAUGUGACCCAGAAAUGUUCAGAUGAAAAUGCUGCUGCAGUGUACAAAGACUUGAGGAAGCUGUCUCACAUUUUCAAAGACCAGUUGGCCUACCCUUUGAUUGCAACAGCUAGACAAGCUAUGGGUCUACCUGCACUUUUUGGCCUGCCUGUUCUGCCUCCCGAGCUACUCCUGAGGAUCUUGCGCCUGCUUGAUGUGGUUUCCCUGGUUGCCCUCUCAGCCGUCAGUCGAGACCUUCGUGUAGCCUCGGAGGAUCCGUCUCUCUGGAGAUACCUUUGUCACCGUGAUUUCGGAGUAUGCAAUCCAUCGAGGACUGAGCCAAGAGAUACAGACUGGAAAGAGCUUUACAAAAAAAGAUACAUCCAAAUGAAGAAGAUGAAUAAACUUAGACACAGGCCAUUCCCAUAUCCAAUGCCAGGUAUUUACCCAGUUGCUCCCAUACCCAACCCUCCUCUUCCCUUUCCACUGUACCCGCCUGGAAUCAUUGGAGGCGAGUAUGACCAGAGACCUGGCAUCCCUCCGAGCGUCCUGCCACGCCCUCGCUACGACCCCAUUGGUCCACUGCCUGGCCGUGAACCUCGUAUAGAUGUUCCCAUUGGACGGAACUCGCUGAGACCAGGGGGAAGCCGGCCUGCUGAUAUCCGACGGGGUUUCAUCUGACACUUCAGAUUCUUUUUGAAUUGAACUUCUGGGAAGACUGCAAGUGCUCAUUAAAAUUUUGAGAUAUUUCAGUUAAAGGGCUGAAUGUUUUAUGCUUAAGUAUAAUUAACUGAUUCAUACAGUUCACAGUGAUAAACCCAUUUGCCGUCUUCUGUCUCAACACUGACCAUUAAUCAACCUUAUCACAAACUCAGAUUUUCACAGUUACAAAAGAAGAACCAGUCCCAAGCUCUGUGUGUCAUCUUGCCCCUGUGUUCUAGUCUAAUUGUUGCAACAUGAGACAAAUUUAUUACUGACUGCUUACAAGGACAACAACUAUUUACCUGCUUGCUCUG